UGUAGAGGACGUAUGUGAGUAGUCUACCGGAGUGCGAAAAGGAAGGAUCGACAAUUGAGAAAGUAAGAAAGACGCAGAAAAUUAAGCAGAAGAUAGUGGCAGCCAUUUUAACUGAUACUGUUGUUUCUGCGGCUUGUGGUGCUAAUUAUUGUUUUUUAAUAAUUUCAAGUUGAUCAAGUAACAAAAAAGAAUCGGUACUAUAUAGGAUUGUGGUGUUAUUCUGUGCCAAGAUAAAACACCAAGAUAAAAACGGUGCGAGAUAACGAUAAAAAAAUUCAGACGUCAAUGAUACAGUGCUCGAAGUGACGAGUGCAUGUGUAAAUGAUCACAGAAAGUAGUGGGGCUUGAUCGUAGUUGGCUGAGUGGACAGCCGAAAAGGAGGAGCUGCCGGAAAGGUUGUUACAAGCGACAGCGACGGCGACGGUGGCGACGGUGACGACAACGACAACGGUGGCUACGAUACGACGGCGACAACGAUCGCGAAAACAAAGCGGCAGCCCUGCCUAGGCAGUGUUAUUUUGCAGUUUCUUUUUUAGAAACCUUCUUCAAAGAGAAUCGUUACUAUUGCAAAGUGCACACAGUCACGCGCCACCGCGUACAUCAGCGCCACGAGAUGGAGAGACGAGCUGCUUUUGUGCUGCUGGGAAUGCUAUAUUUAGCGGGCACCCUCGUCACGGUCCAGGCAGUAACCUACACGGGAGCGUCGGUCGUGCACGAGAAUCAACCUUGGUCAAUCAAAUGUAGCAACCUGAAGUCGGACGAUUUGAUCAGAUGGACUAGGAACGGGCAAUCGCUUGAGCCAGAACUGGCAAGCGGUCAGCUAGUCGUCCAAUCGCCAGUGGGCAGCGGAAGUAGCACCCUCCAGGCAAUGCAUGCCACAGAUAACCAUGAAGGGGAUUAUAAAUGCACUCAGGAUAGCGAUGAGUCCUUUCAUCUGUGGAUAUAUUACGAUUCUCGGAACUUGAAGCUCGUUAGAAGAAUAAACGGAAAAUCAGAUUUAUCUCUAUGUCCUAGAAAUCUCAUGCUGAUGAAGUUUUUGUUUGAUCUCAAGAUAAAAGUAUUUGCACCCACGGAUGUUCCGUUGACAUUAGAAUGUGCAAAUAAAAGCGCAGGAGAGAAGUUACUAUGGUAUAAAGAAAGAGUUUUGAUCCAUACAGCGUUAGCUGGUAACGAGGACUUAAUAAAACUAAAUAAUGAAACAGGCGUUCUGGAACUUCUGAAAACCUCAGAUGUGUUGUACGGGAAUUAUACUUGCAAAGGAACCAAUUCUUCUACAGAAUAUAGGAUCGUACCAAGACCCACGGCGUACAUGCCUGAUUCAACAAGCGUAGUAGAAGGAGAAAAACUGCAUUUAACUUGUGCUGGUAAGCAAAAUCCUGGUAUCAAAGUAUCAUGGAAGUUUGGGGACCAGAAUUACACGCGUAGCAUGGGCCGCGUUAAACUUGGAUGGGACCAUGAAAGAAAUAUAUAUGGCGCUAUCCUAAUGGUUGAAAACAUCGAGAUGAACGAUCGUGGCAAUGUUUACUGCAGGGUAUCUUAUAACUGGUCUGAUACUGCAGAAAAUCACAUGGCAGAGGCGCAUACAUUCCUCAGGGUCAAAGAUAAGCUCGCCGCACUCUGGCCCUUUUUAGGCAUUUGCGCGGAGGUUGUUAUUUUGUGCGCCAUUAUUUUAGUUUAUGAGAAAAAGCGAAACAAGGCUGAACUCGAGGAGUCUGAUACCGAUCAAAGCCCCGACACCAAGCCAACACCCAACAAAGACUCCGACGUUAGACAAAGAAAGUGAAGGAGUGGAUAAUAAGCGGCGAAUGAAUGAGAGCGAUGCAGGAUAGCUGAAUCAAUGUGGGAAAAUAAUCGUGUGGCAUCUGCCGAAGUGACAAUAUAGAUAACUGUUACAAGAAAGAAAAAUAGCGAAAUAGAACAAAAAUAAAGAAACAAACUAUUCCGAAACGAGAGAAAGACAUCGUUCGAAGCGGAAACAUGAAUAUAAGAGUAAGAAAAAAAAUAAUAGGAAAAGAAACGAUAUAAUGUUCUAAGUGAAUAGGCUAAGCUCAGGAAGUGAGAUCCCCGGCCCUCGUCAUUCGAGUGCAUACCUGAAUGGAUACAGGCUUGUCUAUGCACAGAAAAUGUUAGCGUGCGCGGAAUUAUAAUUUACUAACAGAUUUAAAUUAAGCCUUACUAUCGUGUUCACUCCAUUUAUCAAAUGUUCGUCUGUCCGUACUCUCUUAUUACACUGCUUUGAUCGAUGAAAGCUAAAAAAAAAAAAAAAAAAAAAAAAAAAAAAAAAAAAAAAA